CUCGAAGAAACGGUAUAAUAAAGAGAGUAGGUUUCGAGUCGAACACAAAUUAAUUGCACGAUGUUGACGACGGUUCUUCCUUUACUUCCUGUACUCUUGAGCGCCGUGAGGCUCGUUUCGGGCCAUGGCUACGUUCAAGAGAUCACUCUGGGAUCGACCAAAUAUACUGGAUAUCUCCCGUAUUCAGAUCCGUAUUACAAUCCGGUUCCCCAACGCAUUGUACGCCAGAUUCCAGGAAACGGCCCUGUUGAGGACCUCACGCUAAUCGAUCUCCAAUGCAACGGCUACACAGCCGGAGGUUAUUACACUGCGCCUGCACCAAUUUACGGGACUGUUGCUGCCGGUUCCAAGGUAGCUUUGAACUGGACGACGUGGCCGGACAGUCACAAGGGUCCAAUGAUUACCUACAUGGCUCGCACCCCCGACAACGUCAACAUUACUGCGUGGAGUCCUGGUACUAGUGCUGUCUGGUUCAAGAUUGCUGAAAGCGGGAAGACUUCGGCUGGUCUUUGGGCGGCUACCGACUUGCUCACGGCAUCCAACAGCGUGUACACGUUUACUAUCCCUUCUUCCCUCAAGCCCGGACAGUAUAUUAUCCGUCACGAGAUAAUCGCACUACACUCAGCCUUCAGCUAUCCAGGUGCUCAAUUUUACCCAAGCUGUAUCCAAGUUCAGGUCACAGGAUCGGGAACUGCUUAUCCAACCUCGUUUGUCUCCUUCCCCGGUGCCUACACUCCUUCUACCCCAGGAAUUGUCUAUGAUGUAUAUACCAACACCUCAGCCUACCCUAUUCCUGGCCCCGCGGUGUGGACUGGUUGAAAUCUAGGCAGUACGGUAUUUAUGUCUUAACGAGAAACUGUCUUCGUAAUUCAGCGCUAUCUGCAAGUAUGCAUGCCUACCACACCACAGCUCCUUGAACGAUGUUUAGAUGCAGUAAGACGUGCAAUGAAUAGCGGUAUAUGUUUGGAGUCACCGGAGCUGCCGUUACUUUCCAUUCCAUUCGCCUUUGGAUAGGUUCGAUUUUAACCUUAGCAGUGCGGCUACUAUCCCAAGUGUCCAAUUCUCAAUCCUGGUGCUCAUUUGCAACGAAGUCAAGCUCGUUGAGAUCGGGUCAGAGAGCUUUCUA